GCUGCCCUGCCCUGCCCUCGUCGUGCUUGCCAUGUGUAAAGGUAGCCAAGUGCCAUCUGUCGUGCCUGCCCUCCCUGACAAAUGCAGACACAUCGUCAUCGUCAUCGCCAUCCUUGUUGUCGCCUGCUGCUGCCACUCGUUCCUGCCAGUUGAUGAAACUGGUGGGGCACUUCCUGCCUUACAUCUACCCGACACUCACUACCUUGUCAACCUUGAAUGGCCUGAUAGCCUAACAGUAAUAGUAACAGUAAUAGUAAUACAUGGUGCAACACCACCCGACCUAUAGUGCAGAGGAUAAUGCACUGUGAUUUUGCACGCUCUCCAGGGCAGUCCCGGUAUUGAGCAGUGCAGUGCA